CGGAGUUUUUGUGUAGCGCGAGAUGGUGUUUUUGUUGUGGUAAUUAGCUGAAUGUGGCUUCGUAGUUCCAGUUUGACAAGGCAUAGGGAAAGCCCCCCAGUUUGUUUCAGCUUGCCUUCAAGCAGUGCUGCAAGAUCUGCCCUACACACACCGCGACACAGCCGAGGAAAUGCGGAGUUCUGGCCCUUUCGCUACGGGAUAAAUGGCUGCAGCACCCACACCGUAGCACGCUGAUCCAAUGAGGUGCUAGGAUUGACCAGUGACGGCCUAAGAGGAACAAGAGAAGACCCAGAGGUUUCUACUCAGCAGAGCCACAGUGUCAGAAUGGUCCAGCAGGAUGCCAAGCCAAAUCCUCAUCUAGCUCCCAGUCCACAGUGAAGACCUGUCACAAUGGCUCAGGCCGGAUGGGAACAGACUUAUUCCGUGAUGAGGGAGGAUCUAUGUUUACCUACAUCCUCUAUGCUGCUCUGGGGCACUUUUUAAUUAUGUCUUAUUUGGUCCUCUUGAAUGACUUUUGGCCCGCUCAUAAAAAAGGUACUCCAUUGUGAUUUAUUAAUCCUGAACUGAUGCCCCUGCCUCCCCCUCUAGAUGUUCUCUCGUCCCAGGCAUCUCUGCGGCACUGUGGUUAGCCCCAUGAGGCUGUGUGGUGCACUGCUCCCAGAGGCAUUCCCUGUGUGUCCAUAAGGCCUCCUCCCCACUCUAUGGAAGCGGAGCCCAGCCAUUCUGCUGAUGGGGAGCGAUCCGGAAGGCAACAGCAGCCUCUGUCUGCUGGAGCCGCUGAGCCCCCCACUGGGUCCCGUCCACCUCAGCCACAGCAGCCACCAUCCAACCCCCGCCCCGUCCAUGGUGGCCUGGGCCGCCUCCAUCACCGCAAGCCCAAACGUAGCGACCUGCUCCUCAGGCUCCAGCAUCAGCACAAGACCCAAGCAGCAGCAUGGCAGCUCUCAACAGACACCCCAGGUCCUUCAGGAGACAGCUUCUCCUCCCCCUCCACUUCAUCCCUACCGUCCUCCUCUACCCAAGGCCACAACACGCAGGGGGUCCAGUCCCAGCCCAACCAGGAGGUCACAGAGGGCAGCCCUAAAAGAGGCGAGAGGAAGUCCCAGAAACCGGGGAAGUACGUGUGCACUUACUGUGGCCGUCCAUGUGCCAAACCCAGCGUUCUCCAGAAACACAUCCGCUCCCACACAGGGGAGAGGCCUUACCCCUGCGCCCCCUGUGGCUUCUCCUUCAAGACCAAGAGUAACCUUUACAAGCACCGCAAGUCCCACGCCCACCGCAUCAAGGCUGGCCUGGUGUCCAGCCGGGACGAGCUGAGCCUGAGCGGACCCGAGAUGAGCGCCCCGGGAGAGGAUCACGAGGAGCCUACAGAGGGGGAGAGCACAGACUCUGAGGAGGAGACGGGUCAGUACAGGAAGGAGAGGCUGGGCAAGCAGAAGAACAGCAGCAGUUUGGCGCUGUCAGGGCAAGAGGAGGGCCAGAGGUCUGACGACUCCCAGGCCGUGAAGCAGAGACUGGCCAUGAGGCUGAGCGAGAGGAAGCGUGGCCCCAUGGCCUCCCAGGAUGACCCUCCCUCUUCCUCCCUGGGCCUCAGCAGUAAAGGCAGCCAAGAGUCAGGCUACUUCUCCCUUUCGAGGAGCGCUGAGAUGAGCCGAGCUGACUCCCAGGUGAGCCCUCCCACCGCCAACGCCAAAACCUAUGCCGAGAUCAUCCUGGGCAAGUAUGGGCGGCUGAGAGGGCAGCAGCGCGGUCCCCAUCAGCAGCAUGCCCACUCUUCAUCAUCAGGGAUGGAGGAGAAGAGCAGCAUGCCCUUCAGCGUUCCCAAGACACAGGUCAUUGAGCACAUCACCAAACUCAUCACCAUCAACGAGGCGGUGGUGGACACCAGCGAGAUCGAUAGCGUCAAGCCCAGGCGCUCCUCGCUCUCCAGGAAGAGUAGUCUGGAGUCGCCCAGGCGCUCCUCGCUCUCCAGGAAGAGUAGUCUGGAGUCACCCAAGUUCUCCUCCCCCAAAGACCCCUAUGUGUUUGAGCCUAAGGGAGAAAGCCCCGGCCUCAGUGGUAUGGCAGGCCAAUCACUCCGUCUCCAUGUCCAAGAAGUGGACCCCUCGGGGGUCCAGGAGUCCUCCUCCUCAGUGCCUCUGUUGAGAAGCCAAUCCAUGCCCACGUCAGCGGGCCAGGGAAACCGCUCCAACACCUCUCCCCGGGGCUUCUGUCGUCUGAGCCACUCCUUUGAUGAGCAGCAGGCCGUGGUGGCCGAGAUGAGGUUGGGCGGGCAGCACCGUUUGCUGAGGCGCCAGCCCGCCAUUGAGGUGCCCCUCGGGGCUGAGCUCAUCCUGGAGGCUGGCCCCUCCUCCUCCUCCGCAGCUACAGAAAGUGGCCUAACCAGGAAGCAGCAACAGCAGCAACGCAAAGGUCCAAGGCUCUAUGAGUGCGAGGCCUGCGGAGCCUGCUGUAAACAAAGGGAGAGUUACGAGGCCCACAGGGGUCUCUGCACAGGCCAGCCAAUAAAGGAGCUGGAGAGAGGAGAGGUGGAUGGGGCGUGCCGGGAUGACCGCCCUCAGAUGAUGCACUAUAAAUUCCGGGCACUGGCCAUGACAGUGAGGAAGAGGAGGAAAGAGGAGAGUCUGGAGGAGGAUCCUUCCAGCCCCGGGCCUACAGCUGUUGUGACCUGCAGCCCCGCAGCCACCACUGCAGUGCCAAGCCUGGUGGAGCAGAGUGAGGCCUUCUCAGGUGCUCCCUCACAGGCUAAACAGCAGCAAGACAGGAAGGGCAUCUCGGUCAUCCAGCACACCAGCUCCUUCGAGAAGCAGGAAAGUAAAUCCAUGGAUUGCCAGGAGUCUAUAGAGCUCAGAGAGAGCCAGUCAACACCGGUAAAACAGCUGCAGCCAAAAUCAUCGCCCUCCAUGUCCCGCCUGGUCCGCCAGCACAACAUCCAAGUGCCAGAGAUCCUAGUGACGGUGGAGCCUGACGCUGAUAUGGUGUCAGUGUCGCCCAUGGCGACGGCGUCCUCGUCCAAGGAGCCAGAGAGAGUGGUAGAGGAGUUCCAGUGGCCUCAGCGCAGCCAGAGUAUGGCUCAGCUCCCUGCCGAGAAGCUGCCACCAAAGAAGAAGCGUCUCCGUCUAGCCGAGUCUGCUGCCCAGUCUUCCGGAGAGUCUAGCUUUGAGUCGGUAUCGCUGGGGCCCCGGAGCCCCAGCCAGGAGACCCACAUUUCUCACUCCCCCAGCCGCUCUUCCUCCUUUGAAGACAUGGGGGGCAAACCUGCUGAGCCUUCCCCCUGGGGCUCCGGCAGCACCCAGGGCUCACACAUGCUAACCGUGCCCUCGGGCCCCCACCAACACCACCAACCCCAAAGAGAGAUGCGGCGCUCAGCCUCGGAGCAGGCCCCGGCCAGCCCCCAGCACACUGCCGAGAUCGUGGAGACCAGGAGCAAAUCCUUUGACUACGGGUCCCUAUCCCCACAGCAGUCUGCGUCGGCCUGGAGGGAGAGGAGGAAGUGCCUACUGGUGAAGCACGCCACCCUGGGCGAGCCAGACCACGAGGAAGGGGCCAUGGCCAGCCAGUCAGGCCGACCAGGGAGCCCCAAGCCAGGCCCGUCCUACACCAGCCAUCCUGCCCUCCACCCAGCUGAAGCCAGCACCUCCAGGCUCAGCCCGGACGCCAUAGGGAAGACCGUACAGCUGUUCCACCAGCCCCGGAUACUCCCAUUCCCCAUGCGACCAACUGGGCAUGAUCGGAUCCCUCUUGGCCAGAUAGCCCAGCUCCACCCGGUCACCACUGCCAUCUCAGAUGUCCUCUCCACCCACAUCAUCCACAGAGCCUUCUUACACACACACCCUUCCCCUCCAACCAUACAAGUCCACCCAGGGCAGCUUCACAUGGCAGAACGACUAGGCCUGCCCCUCCAUCCUUUCUCAGCUCUGCUCUCCCUGCAGUACCCCACCGGGGCUGGCCAGGCUGUGUACCUCCCCGUGCCACCUGGGCUCACCAUCCAAGUCCCCACACAGCCCCCCAUACCCUCCACCGUGGUUCUCCCUGCCCCAUAUCCUCAGUCCUUAGUCCCCGUACCCUGCCACCAUCCCCCGCCUGUCAUCGCAACGUGCCUGGCGCAGCUGACGCCAAUCGUGUCACUGGUGGUACCAGUACGCCUCCAGACCCACAAGCCCACCUACGCCAGUGCCCUGUACACCACCCUCUCCCAGAUCCCGGCGUCAGACCGCUCGCAGGAGCCCAUCUGCUGCAUGGCCAUGGUUAUCAUGGGCCAGCUGGAGCAGGACAAGCUGCAGAGGUCCUACCUGAAGAUCCCCACCCCGGACUUCAAAAGCUACCUGCCCCUGUCUCUACCCCUGCCCCUGGAGCUGGGCUUUGCGUCCGAGGAGGGCUACGGGCCACUGGGGGCUGGAGGGAGCAAACGCAUGCUCUCCCCUGCAGCCAGUCUGGAGCUCAGCACAGAGGCCCAGCGCCAGCAGAAACGAGUGAAGGAGGAAGAGGAGGAAGAGAAGGUGGAAGAGGAAGAGGAAAAUAGGGGUACUAGGAGAAAACUGGAAGCAGGGGAGGACGAAGAGAAAGAGCCGGAAAGGGCACAGAUAGGAGUAGGAACUGUGAAAGUCGAGGAGGAAGAGGAGGUACGGGACCCAGAGGACCACAGGGUAGAGCGGGAGGUGCAAGGGAAGGCUGAACCUAAGAAAGAAAAGGGGAGGGAGGACGACGAGGGCCAGGGAGUGAGUGCUUCCUUCAUACCCCAGAGUCCAGAGCGAGCCAAAGCCCCAUCGUACCCCAGCCUCCACACCACCACCUCAGUCAGCUGGUGCUACUUGAACUACGUGAAGCCCAACCCGUCUGCCCAGAGGGAGCCACAAACCUCCGUUUACACCUCCUGGAGUGUCAGCGUGCACAACCCCAACCUGCCAGGCCUGUCCACCAAGCUGGCACUGUCCCUGCUGCGCUCCAAGCAGAAGCACAGCUCAGAGACCUACACCAUGGCCACAGCUCUAACCCCUGCCACGGGCAAGGUGGUCCUUGCCAGCAGCAGAAAGCCCCACAUUUCAGAGGUACAUGCUACCCCACCCAGCACCCCUGUCGAACUGAAGGAGCCAACACAGCAGCCUGAGAAGAAGGGGAAGAGAGAGGAGCAAGGGCCCUCCACCUCCAAACAGAGUGAUCCUCUCCGUGUCCAAAUCUUCGAGGGCGGGUACAAGUCUAAUGAGGAGUAUGUGUACGUGCGGGGUCGCGGCCGAGGAAAGUAUGUGUGCGGAGAAUGCGGGAUCCGCUGUAAGAAGCCCAGCAUGCUAAGAAAGCACAUUCGCACACACAGGGAUGUCCGGCCCUACGUCUGCAAACACUGCAACUUCGCUUUCAAAACCAAAGGGAACCUUACCAAGCACAUGAAGUCCAAGGCUCAUGGGAAGAAGUGCCAGUCAAUGGGAACGUCUGGGUCUUCACUGGACGAGCCGGAGACCGAGGAAGCAGGAGGUAGUGAAGAGCGUUUGUCUGGUUCCGAGGACCAGGAUGAGCACCAGUUCUCUGACGUGGAUGAUUCAGAGGAGGACGAUGACGAGGAUGAGGAAGAGGAGGAGUCCUCAUCUCACGACGAGCCGCCCUCCUCCUGCUCCUCCGACCCCCGUCUGUCCACAGGGGGGCACUCCAGCAGCGGAAGACGGUCCCAGCAGGGCACGCCUGACCCCUCAGCCCCAGAACCCCAGCCAGGUCCCAGCCCCUGCCCCUGCCCCAGCCAGGAGCCCUCUCCCACCCGGAGACUGUGGCCAAGCGGGCGUGAUGCCUCUCCAGGAAGCCGGAGGGCACUGUUCUCCCGCCGGGGCUUAGACGCCUCCCCCAGGGCCUUCUCCCCUAGCAGUGAGACUGGCUCUCCCAUCCGAAGUCUUUCCCCCAGACUGGAGCUGGCCUCCCCCAACCGACACCUCUCAAACUCCCCCAAGAGAGGACCAUCCCCCAUCAGAGCUCUGUCCCCCCUGCGGCCUCUCUCCCCUCUCCGGCCGAUGUCGUGGGCCCGUGCCUCUCCCUCGCCCCUGGGGGUGCAACGUAGACCUUGCAGCUCACCCAGUCGUUUGCCCUGGGACAUCCCCAGUACGAUGGCCAGUGAUCGCAGACAGGUGGGUUCAAUGGAGAGGAUAGGAACACCAAGUGAAGGGCUGAUGAGUCCAGAGCCCAGCCUGUCUUUCCCCCCAGCUUUCCGUCUGUCCCCCAUUGACAGCCCUGCAGCCAAGUCCCAGUCAAUGUACCGCGUCUUCAGCCACCUGCCUCUGCACUCCCAGCAGGCCAGGGUGCCCUACCUGAUGAUCCCCAUUGGGGGCAUUCAGAUGGUGCAGGCUCAUCCCUGCUCCCACCCCACUACCCCCACCUCGUCCCCCUCUCCCCCGAUGGAGGGGCUUCUACUGGGCCCCCUGGUGCAGGAUCCCCAGAACUCAAGGGCUCAGAACUCCUGGGGACCAAUGGUCUGACAGCCAGGAAGUAGUAGGAGCCAGCCAAUCAGGGCUGUGCAUUCCCAGUUUAACCCCACCCAUACGUUCCAAACCCUACACCUCGCAGCAGGGUAGGACGGACCCAGGGAUGAUAAACACAAAGCAAUAUGGCAGCUUACACAGCUCCUCCCACUCACACAGGUCUGAGGCAGAGACCACAGAACGAUGGCCCUCACAUGGCCAGGCAGGACCUCCCCCCUAGUCAGCCAGUCCCCCCUCCCACACACAGGAUUGGACAGCUGUCUGUGAGGCAGGAGUCACCAGGGUUGCGGUCCAGAGUGACUGGUUCAGAAUUGGUGGAGGGAGGAGCUAAAGGCUGAGACUCAACCAAUCAAGUCCAGAGCACUUAGUCUCCACCCUUUGAUGCGUCAUGCAUCCUUUCCGCUUUUGUUUUUAUACAGUUUUCAAUACAAUUGUUAACUUAAAUGUGUGUUCUUCUGCAAUAUUCAGGUUUGUUAUAAAAUGCACUUUUUCUUUAAAUCUCUCAAUCUUACCUUCUGUAUCUCUAUUGAUACUGCUAUCUUAUUAUCUAUUUGAAUAUAUAUGUAAAAUAAAUAUGAAUACAUUUGUAAAUGACCAAAAUCUUUAAUCAACAAUAAUUCACAUUUUGUUUUGUCCCUUUGUCCAGUAUUACUCAAACUGUAGUUACUUGUGCCUUUUCUGUCUGGGUUUGUGUCUUGAGAUGAAGACCAAUAUAAAAGGCUGUGAAGUUUUGAUAUACACUUUCCAGGAAGGGGGUUCCUGUGUGGCAUGAUGAUUGUUUGUAUCCUUAAAGGGAUAGUGUUGGGUUAGAGGUAGUUUUGCGAGCCAAUGCUAACUAGCUGUACCCGAAGACUUCCAGUCUUUGCGCUAAGCUAGUUAGCGUUGGCUCGUGAAACUACAGUUCCUCUACCUUCCUUCAUACUGGAUGCAGAGACAUACAAAUUCAUUGCCGAAAGCCCAAACUAUCCCUUUAAGGCCAUUGCAUUGAUGUCAGGGUAUUCUAAAAUAUGGUAUAUGAGGUGGUAUAUUGAAGGAACAGUGAGUGCUUUGCAAAGAAAAUGCACUGAAGUCAUAUUUUUUUAUAAAAAAAGAUUUGUCAAUCUUAUGUCUCUGUACAGAGAAGAGUGCUCCAUAUUUAUUAUUUUGUUAAACUAUGAAAGUGAUUCUUGUUUAAGUUUUUUUACUUUACAUUUUUGGAGAAAAGAAAACAUGCCAUUUUUAUUUAGUCAUGUGUCUGUCUUUUUCAUAAUGUUCUCAAGACUUGAAAUGGAGAUGACGGUCUUUUUAAGGUUGGAUGGUACAAGGAGGAACAAGUGCCCUAAAGAAUUUCGCACACAGCACAUUUUUAGUCUCUGAACCAAUAAAAAGUGCACCAGACUUC